GCCAUUAGUUAGCCAUCGCCGGUGCCGAGACACGCUUGGUGCAGAUUGGACACAGCAACCACAACGUAAUCAUAUGCUUGUGUUGAUUAGUCUUCCCACCGUAUUAAUGUCAGAGUCAGUAUCACAACCAAUACAGUGGCAAGUUUCUAAUUUAGCUAGCAAUCCAGCAGGAAAACAAGCAUCGUGUAUCGCAGGCUUUAAGUGUGCGAAUUCGCCAUUAUACGUAGAAUAUUUUAAUUGUUUAAUUUAUAUGCAGCUAUUUUGUAAUUAAUACGAUAUAGUUCGUUUUGAGACAUGAGUAAGAAUCAUAAACGUUCAAAACGCCUAAAAUCGGAAAAGGCGAAAGUGAAAUUAAAAGCGAAGACAGUCCAUCAAUUGACGAAAGGUUUGAACGCUACAGAUACGUCGUUUAAAGUAAAAAAGAUACUAAUUCGUGAACAACUAAAGCAACGAGAUGAAACAGAAGUUCUUAGCAUUCGCAAAUUGAAUAUCGAUGAUUUAUUAACACGUUUUCGGCAUCACAAUUCUUCUGUGAGACAAGAUGCUUUGAAACAAUUAAAAGACAUCUUGUUACAAAAUCCUCCAAAAUCUUUACAUUCACGAUUGAAUUCUCUGUUACAUGGUAUUGCAGCUUUAUCUCUUGAUAAAGAGAAAGAAAUACGCACAAAUUCAUUUCAUGCACUUAAUUUUAUUCUUGGUCUUAUCUCAAAUGAACAGUUGACACCUUUGCGUGAAAUUAUUAUAUCGUAUUUGAGCUGUGCAAUGACACAUAUUGAUCCACGUGUGAAAGAAGAUUCUCUACUUUUUUUAGAUGUGCUUGUACAAAAUUGUAAUAGUGUGUUGGCGAAAGAUAGUCAUAAAAUACUACCUAAUUUUUUGGGUAUGAUAUGUAAGUUACAUAAUGAAGGUAGCUCUGUGGCACAAUUAACGACAACGUUACAUUCCAAAAAUACUAAUGUAAAAUGGAGAAUUAAAGUUCUGGAACGUUUAGCUAAUUUAUUUACCUCUAUUGUUAGCUAUAGGAAACUUUGUAUAGGUACACGAUCGAGUAUGCCUCUGUUUGUGAAAACGAAAAAAUAUACCAGAUUUAUUCCAGUUUAUAGCGAUAGUGCGAUUCAAUUUUGUGAAAUUAAUCUUGACGAAGAUAUCUCGAUAGAUAAUCGUGAGAAAGAAACUUUACCUAUAGAAGAAUUUGUAAAAUAUGUAAAUUUAUUAAUGCCACUAAUGUCUGAUAUUUGGCUCGAAGUAUGUCCAGAUGAGAAAAUUGAGAGUUACACAGAAAUUACAAUUUUGAGCGAAACAGCUGCAUUAUUGAAAAAUGUCAUUGUAAUUAUGCAAUCGAUUGUGGAAUACAUUGAUACGUUGGAUCAGGAUGAUUACAGCGUCAAACGCAUGAAACAUUGGUUUAAAGAUACAUUUCAUGAAAAAUAUAUGAAAAAUUUCCUAUCGAGAUUUCCUUAUGGUAAAAUAAAGCCUCUUAUUAAUGAAUCUAGAAAACGUCAAAAAGAUUUUUCUCAAAUGGAAUUUACGGAAGGAUGUUUGGAACAAAAUUUGGGAGUUUGUCAAAUUCACAUAUGGUUUACAUCUCUGUUUAACUGCAACGAACAAUUUCCCAAGUCUGUCAGGAACUAUUGCAUAUCAAUUCUGAAGUAUUUAAAUGGUAUUAUUGAAAAUUGGUACAACUCGUCGACUUUACCUCAACUAACUAAAUUACUAAAAACUUUAUUUUUGAAGGCUGGACCAGUUUGGUAUAGCAACUGUAUUAAUUUAAAUCAUACUUUAAGACUGAUUAUUGAAGCAUCUUCUCGUUUGCCUAAUAAAGAAUUGCAAUCGCAUUUGUAUUUAAUUAUUGGUGACAUCAUGUUGAACAGCAAUUUAAAUGAGUUGCACAGAGAAAAAAUAUUUGAAAGCUUUGUUACAAUCUUACCAAGUUUACUCCUGAAACCGAGCAUAGAUGACGUCGUAAUUCGUAUGAUCGGUCAAAUAGUUUUACGUUUUAAGGAAUGGAUCCGAGAAGAAUUGAUAGCUAAACACGAGUCUAUUAUCGAAAAUGCUAAAAAGAUCGAUAUUGUGGGUACACACGACGAUAAACAGUCGAGACUUAUGAUAUAUAAUUUAUUUUAUUUUGUAGAUUCACAUAUUUACUAUUAAAUUAAAUCGAUCGCAGUUAUAUAUACACAGAUACCGACCUAAAAAGUACGAUUGAUCUUUCUAUGUCAAUUGCAGGCUUUGAUCAAAUUUUAUUUAACAUUUAGCAUAUCUUACGGAACAAUAGGUGGUAUGCGCGUGUGCAUGAGUCAGCGUAUAUGCAUAUGACUUGUUACGACUUGAAUGAAUUAUUCCACGAGAAUGAGACAAUCGCGAAUGAACGGAAAACAUAUGUUUCGAAUGUUAAUUUAAGUCAAUUUGUAUUGAUUUGUAUUUAAUAUUCUAUCGCGUGAGCGCGAUUUUUUCGAGAUACAUAAAGGUGCUCAAGUAUAAAAUUUCUCGAGAUAUUUCUGAUAUACUGCCAUGGAAGUGCUAUACGAUAUAUGAUAUUCUUGGCAUUUAUAUAUAUAUUGCAUUAUAUCACUUAUAUUUCCAAGUCGAAUGUUGUUAUUGGAAAAAACGUGCGAUCGGACAUCUAUCUAUAGUGCAUUAGGCUAUCCGUAUUACGAUUCAUAUAUUACGAGUUUGAGUAUGAUAAAACAGUGAAUUAACGUGAAUGUACGACCAAGUUAUAUUUACAUGUAGAUACUGCGAGUCUCUUUCUACUUACCCACAUUAAAGUUUAUUUAUAUUAUAUAAUAAAUAUUACUUUUCUGUUCCAAUACUA